GCCCCUCUCUCUCUCUCUCUCUUCACAUCAGCCAAAGGACAUUCACGUGUAUGUGUACUCUGUUUGCAAGAGAAGAUAAAAGAAAGGCCUCUUUAACUUCUUUUGCAUCAGAUCAGUAGACCCAGGAGAGUUUCUUCAGUCUCCAGUUGGUCCGCACAAACACCCAUCCACGAAGGAAAGCAAGAACCGACCAUGAGUUUGAAUGCACCCAUUUUCUUCAUCGUGUCUCUCUUCUUCAUCCGCUCUCUCCCUUCCCAAGUUGAACCAGCCAAGCCCAACUCCCACAUCACGGUUAUGGGCAUGGUCUAUUGUGACAUCUGCUCCAACAACACCUUCUCUAGGCACAGCUACUUUCUACCAGGCGCAGAAGUGAAAAUAGACUGCAAAUUUGAGGCCGUGUCGCCAAAAACAACGGAGCAGAUAUCGUUCUCGGUCAGGAGAACCACCAAUAGAUAUGGAGUGUACAAGCUGGAGAUACCGGCAGUGGACGGGAUCGAGUGCGCUAGAGAGUCGGCCAUUGUGUCUUCCUGUGAGGCGAACUUGGUGUGGAGCUCAUCCAAUUCAUGCAAUGUGCCUGGUUACAGGACCACCACUGACCAAAUUGCCAUCAAGUCCAAGCAAGCCAAUCUCUGCAUCUACAGCCUAAAUGCACUCAAUUACAGGCCAUCCAAAAGAGAUAUUAGCCUGUGUGGUGGGCGUUAAGAACACUCUGGGGCCUUAUUUAUGUGGCCUUUUCUUGCAUCAUUCUACCACCCACUUGCCACUCUCCGACAUAUAUACUUUUGUCUUUACCUUGGUAUUAUUGCAAGGCAAAUCUUUAGGAAACAACACCCACUUACCUGAGGGACUUGAUCAGUAGGUUUUCAGAGAACAUGUUGUGAGUGUGAAGUGAAGAUGCCCACUCCAACAGUACCUGGUCUCAAUGUGGUUUCUGUUCAAGCUACGUCGAAGUACCUGUCUGUCCACAUUAGGGAAGGAGAAUCCACUGGAAAUCUCAGGAGAGGCAUCACAGCAACGCAUGUUUUAUUCUGUUGUCUGCAACAUGUGUGAUGGUCGUCCAAGACAUACUGAUAUAUGUUCUGAAUUCUUCAU